AUGCCUUCGCUGUCGCAUCUCCUGCUGGGCGCCGCCCUCGGCCUGUCAAGGCUAGCUGCAGCCAAUCCCGAAGAUGGCCUCCCUUCCUACCACUAUGGCGCGCCCAUCCACGUGGAGUGCAUGAACCGAAGCUCCGAAACAGGAGAACACGUCGAAAACUCCAAUCACGAAAUCGAAUGGAUCCCUUUCCCGAUCUGCGAAGAGACGAACAAGCCCCUCGAGUUCCAGUACGGCCACGAGGGCGAGCUGAACUGCACGAUCCCGAUGAUCACCGACCCCUUCUUCCACCUCCUCGAGUUCUACAUCCACAACGAUGCGCCCCUGUCCUGCCGCCUACCCGCCCGCCCCAAGCCCCAUGUCGAGACCGUCGGCGAGAAGCCCCACGUGCAGGAAUACAUACCCCUCGUCUUCGCGCUCGCCGGCACCCUCCAGCUCAGCCAUCUGCACGUUAGCACGCACAUGAACGUGCUCCUCCACAGCAUGCCGAAGCACCACACCCGCCCGCACGACUCGGGCGUCCUGGACUCCGGCACGGCGUACAGCACGAGCCCACUGAGCCACAUGGAUGGAACACAUACGAAAAGGCUGGUGAUCGGCGACCCGCUGCCGUUGACUUUGUCCGUGAGGUGGUUCCCGACACCGAACCUGCCCAAGAUUGAGGGGCACGUGGAGUGGCAGGGCAUGGGCGGGCACGUGUACGCGAGCACCGUGUUCUACAUCAUCACCUCCUUCAUGGCGGGCGUGCUCGUCGCGGGGACGUACUUCUUUGGCGUGGUCCUUCCCAAGAGACUGAGGGGGCGGGGACUCGGCGGCGCGACGCCGCUGGGGUAUGGGCUGAACGGUGUUGGUAACGGCUGGGGAUACUCCAAGGCUGCCAAGCGUAUGGACUAA